GGUAUGUUUCCAUCAUGGCGGCUUCGAUUUCGGGUUACACUUUUAGUUCUGUGUGUUAUCACAGUGCAAAUAGCAAUUCCGACCAUGAGGGAUUCCUGUUGGGAGAAGUGAGACAAGAGGAGACUUUAAGUAUAAGUGACUCUCAGAUUAGUAGCUCAGAAUUCCUCCAUGUAGUAGAGGUCCAUAAUCAUGAACCGUGUCCACAACUGUUUAGCUUUUAUGACUACGCAGGUAAAGUCAAUGAAGAAAAUCUCAGCAGAAUUCUCAAAGACCGAAGAAAACAGAAUGUUAUUGGCUGGUAUCGGUUCCGUAGGAACACACAACAGCAGAUGUCGUUUAGGGAGCAGGUGAUACAUAAGCAGCUUACCCACAUUCUGGGCAUCCCAGAUCUCGUCUUCCUUCUCUUUAGUUUCAUCUCAACAGCGAAUAGCUCAACACACGCACUGGAGUACGUUCUCUUCAGACCCAACAGGAGCAGGUAUAAUCAAAGGAUAUCUCUAAGUAUCCCAAACCUUGGCAACACCAGUCAACAGGAGUAUAAAGUCUCCUCUGUCCCCAACACCUCAAAGAACUAUGCCAGUGUUAUUAAAGAACAUGGGGCAGAGUUUUUUGACAAGGAUGGAGUAAUGAAAGACAUUCGAGCCAUUUUCCAGGUGUACAGUGCCCUUCAGGAGAAGGUGCAGGCUGUGUGUGUUGAGGUGGAUCAAAGUGAAAGAGUGAAGGAGAAAAUCCAGGAGGAAGUAAAAAUGCUCAAAGAGGAAAUUGCUCUCAGGAAACGCAGCACUGCCACAGAUGAGAGGCGACACCAGGAGCUGAUGAAUGCGGAUGUGCACUUGCAACAGGGUGACUCAGCACUUUUGGAUUCUUCCCCCCCUUCACUAAGUCGUGUGGUCCUCCAAAGCCCCCCACUGGAGCCCAGUCUGGACUGGCCUGCAAACCCAGCAGCCACGCCCCUCUAUGCUGCUACCCUGCCCCCGGACCCACCCAGUGCCAUCCUGCUGCCACGGCCCCAGGCCGUGGGCUCGCCCGGCCACCCCUCCCCUGGCCUAGGCCUGGGCGAUGGUGAUGGCUCCAGCUCGGACUCCCUGAUGAGGCAGGCCACUGGGCAGGAGGCCCAGGUGGAUGAUGACGAGGACAGUAGCGAAUACGAGAAUCUAGUGAGCGAGCAGCUGCAGCCCCCUCUGCUAAAUGAAAACGUUCCUUUAGGACGGCCGGCCACACUCUGGCCAGAUGGAGAUGCUCACAGCUCCAGUGGCCCGUCAUGAUCUGGCAGAUCGGCAGGGGAGCAAGUGUUGCAUAGACAGAGCUAGGCAUUGUCCACUGGUAAAGGAGAGAUGAGGAUGGAGAGGAAAGAUUGGCAGGGGACUGCUGGAGCUUGCUGAUCAACACGGUUAACACCUGCCAUUUUGAAUGACUGAUCUGAGCUCUCUCCCUCUUCAUUUCUCUCUCACAUCUCCUUUUCUCUCCAAGAAGAGAGGUACACCCCCACUUACUGAUUACUUAUUGACAAUGCUACCAACUUAGAUCAUCCAAUAUUACACCAUUUACCUCUUGCACUAUUUUUGCCUUCUUUUCAUCUCCAUUAACAUAGAAAACGCAAAGGGAUUGACGUCUUCUGCGGCCUUCAAGCUCAUCUCUGUAUGAGGUGGUGUUUUUUUUGUUUGUUUUUUUUUUUUUUGCCUAUUUAACACAAAUUUGACUGACAAAUGUCAGUAUUGUUAAAUGCUUUAGUCUGCACACCUAUCUGCAAUCCCAAACUGAACUUUACUUUUCAGUACCAAUUGUUUUUUAUUUGGUUACACGAUUGCCUGUUUAUGGAAACCAACAAAAGGAUUGUUUGUCAUUUACAUGUGUUACUUCUUUGAUUAGGGGGUGCUUGUUAUUUUUACAAAUGCAAAUCAUUAAUAAUGUCACUUAGCUUGAUUUAAAAAGAACAUGAAAGUUGCUCUUCAUAAAUGAACAGGUGAUGUGUAUGCUCAUCUUCUGCACUUUUCCUUGUGCUUUCAAAGAACCUUCUCAGUUUUUCAGAUGGGUAAAUGGCUCUCUUCCUGGCUCCUCUACUCAAGUUUGUUGUCUUAAAUUGAAGGGGAAACCACUGAGGCUUCAUAAACCUUUCAAUCUCAGGAUUCUUUUACAAUGGCUCACUUGAUUCCAUCUCCCAGUCCUUGCCCUCAUGGCAAUAGGCAACUGUAUUUGCAGACACAAUGCAGAAGCAGUGAAAUUAUAUGGUUCAUUGUUCUGUUGUGAAAUGAAGCUUUAAAGGUGACAUUGAAAGGUUAGUAAUAUGCCAUCAUAACAUUUUUUUUAAUGUCUAAAAUGACCCAGAUUUACUUCCUUAACUCACCUUACUUAUAGAAAAUGGAACAAAUGCCACAUCAAGCUGUUUUUCUUCAUUUGUGAAGGUGAAAACCAAGACAAAUAUCAUGGUUUUGUCUCUUUGGCUUUGUUUUUUGCUUGCUUUUUUGGUUAAAUUCCUCAGUGCUAUACUUUUUUUGAAAUGUUUAUUUGCUUUGCCCUACUAGUUCUGACAAGAGCAAUCAAUGUUUUCAAGGAGCAUUCCACAAAAAAUCACUAAUUCAGUGUGCUUCUUUACUUUAAAGUCAUCUAGAAGGAAUUUUAGCAAGUAUCCCCUAGGCCCUUGUUAAGCAGCUAACAAGCUGUGCUUGAAUACCUGGGGAAUGUUAGAUAAAUUCCAUAUCUAGGAACUUCAUAUAAGACUACAUAUAAAGAAUGGAUUUUAUGUGGAUUGUGCCUUUUAACAUUUGUAAUUGCAGCAGUUUAGUUCUUUACCGUCUGUUGUUAAUGGCCAGAUGCCAAAUUCCCUUCUCUUUUAAUCUUAAAGAAAUUAGGACGUAACAUUUUAAUGUCAGGUAGAAGUGGAGUAAGACUCACCUUCUAUCCCUGAGUUUGUCCUUCCAGUUUUAAGCAAAACUAAGCACAUGACUGGCUUGCUGCUGUGGUAUGUACUUAUUCAAAGCAUAAGAACACAGGUGCUUUUUAUUGGUCUCAUGUAUACUCUCGCAUUGACUGUGAGCUUUACACAUGCAGCCCUGGUUGUGGUACGCGCUUUAGUUAAGAAGGUAAAAAACAGUAACAAUUACUCAAGAAGCCGUUGUGAUGUUGAUAGUUUUAUUUAAAUCACAACAGUGACAGAGAGUUGCAACACUGUACUGUUAUUGUUGUUGUUAUUAUUAUUAUUAUUAUUGUUAUUAUUAUUAUUAUUAUUAUUAUUAGCAAUAUUGUUUGUAAUUGCUUGGCAAAUGAAGGCCAGAAACAAUAUUCAAGGUCUUAUGGUCAGAGCUGUGAGGAACGUACCAGAAAAAUAAAAGAACUGUUAACAGAUGGUAAAGUGCUUUAGAUAUCACCUACUUUUCAUGGAGCACAUUCAGAGCAGAACUGUAGAAAACAUAAUCUAAUUAAUGUACUUUGGAAAGCAGGUAGUCCAUUUAAACUCAAACAACCCAUUGUUUUAGGAUUCUCUUUCCUAUAAUUAUCAGACAUGGAGAAGUAAACACCAUGUGAUGGUGAAAGUUUACAUGACCUGCCUUACUCAGAGUAUUGCCAUAUUCUGGGUAACAUCUGAACAUCAACAUGCAUGAAAAUAUAGGCAGUAUUUUGUGCGACAUUAUUUACGAUUACAUAUUUUUAUUUUAAUAUAAUCAGUUACAUAAAAUUAAAUUGCUUUCCAAUUCAGCUUCCACUUUUACUUUUGCAUGCCUCAUUAUUGUUUUAAUUUGUUUGGUGGGGGGCGGUUAUAGGGUGAUUUUAGUAUGAUUUUCAGAACCAUUACAUCCAAGGCUAGGAUUAAAGCAACCUUCAGGUGUAAUGAUAAAAUACAUAUUUGUAUUUUUGUGAACUAUAUAGCCAUAUGUGAAAAUGUUAGGAUGCUUGUAAAGUCCUUUACAUCAUCUUUAUAGAUUACAUUACAUAUUACAUAUUGAAGACUAUGAAAUACAUUUCAAAAUGGCAAGUAAUAUAGUUUGCAACAAGUACCUCAACAAUGAAAACCUUAAUUUAGAUUAUCUUUUUAUGGUCCAAUGUAAGCCACUAUCAUUUGAAUUAUUGCAAACAUUUGUACCAUCUUUAUGUCCAUGACGACACUGAAUUCGGACUGAACUGAUGUUCCAUGUUGGCCUACCUCUCAUUCCAUCAGUGACUCUGAGGCCAAGUUUGACCUGGAUCGUGGGCCUGGAGCCAGACUUUUGCCGGUGGCCAAUGGAGCAUCAGCGGGUGAGGCAUAAUAUGGGUCAUCUGAUAUGGAUGGUAAUGAUAUGGGUGGUCACCUGAUAUUUGGUAAUUUGUUUGAAAAAGUAAAACAUUUGUUGCACGUUUUAAAACUGAGCUUGGGUAUUACUACAAGCCAGUGUUGGAUCAGAUACAAGUAGAUGAUUGUAAACUUGAGAAUACAUUUGCUAGUUUAACUUUGCUCUGUGAUUAUUUUCAGAACCACAAAAUCUAAAAAUUUUGAAAAGUUCAGUUUUGGGAAGAUUACACAUUUUCAUUUCAGUAGGCUUUUAAUUACAUAAAUACAGGAGUUAAAGGGCUUUGGGGCGUAUUAGGCGUAAUAUAGCGUAUUGGUACAAAGACCUUUCUAAGGAUAAAGUAGCAGUUCUCUUUAGU